CAGCGGCGCUCCCCUCUUUGUUGUUAGUGAUGACAUGAAAAUAUUGUUGUUGCUGCUGGUCGGAGGCUGCGGAGACUGAGCGGCGGAGACAGGCAGCAGGCAGGCGGCAGGCAGGACCGGGUCUGAGGGUUCAGAGGAGUCCAUCGAACACUGUUUGACUUUUUAGUUUGUUUUCGACCUUAUAGCAGCUGCGCGUGGCGAGGAAAGCGGUCAUGUCUGUGAAUAUGGACGAGCUGAGGCAUCAAGUCAUGAUCAACCAGUUUGUUUUGACGGCGGGCUGCGCCGCCGACCAGGCGAAGCAGCUCCUACAAGCGGCCCACUGGCAGUUCGAGACCGCCUUAAGCUCCUUCUUCCAGGAGGCCAACAUCCCGAGCCACCACCACCAGAUGAUGUGCACUCCCAGAAACACACCCGCCACGCCACCCAACUUCCCGGACGCCAUCACCAUGUUCUCCAAGCUGCGGGCGUCAGAGUGCGGCUCCAGCGGCGGCGGCGGCCCCUCCCAGGUGUCCAUGGCGUGCUCCCCGCCGGCCCCUUCCUCCACGUCAGGCUUCAGCUCCUUCUGGGCCUCCUCGCCGCCCAGCCACCAGCCGGCCUGGCUGCCCCCGUCAUCCCCCACCGGCCACCACAUGCACCACCAUCACUACCACCACCACAUGCAACAGACUCCCAUGUGGCCCCCCGUCUCUCAGCCCAGCGGCUCCCAGCAGCCCCCUGUUGUAUCGGCGCUCCACGGCCAGAGAUGAGACUGAGCGGCGGGCUGCGGGGGGGCAGGGCGGCUGGGUCAGUGUAGCCAAAUAAUCUGUUUGGGGGGAGGGGUGGGGGGUAGUCGAGGGUGGUGGGGGGGUUACAUGUAUGGAAUGAGAGGAAAUGGAAAAAGACAAAGACACUGCUGAUUUCCUCUUGUUUUUCUAAGUGAAGACGAGCCGUUCGGCUCUGCAGGAGACACUUUUCACUCCGUCUUCAUCUUCGUCAUCGAGCCGAGGAAGAACCGGCUCACUGAUGACACGCGUCACAGAGUCCGGGGAUAAAUGCAGAAACUUCUUUUUCAUCAUCAAUGCAAACAAGCCCAGGACCCGACAGAGCACUGAGGAUAGGAGCCAUGUGAUCUGUUCAAGUGAUCUUGUCUUUUUUAGAAACUCUGUCAGAACAGGAAGGCGACAAUAACCAGCAGAUAAACAAAAGGAACGGAGCUCAAAUCCCAAAUGUUCCACACGUCUGUUCUGUGGUUUGGAGGAGGUGGAGUUUGAUUUACAGCCUGCAGAACUGUGGCUGGUUGUGUGUGACGUUAACACCAGGUGAUCUGUUGGUUAAAACACUUCCUGCUGUUCUCAAACUGUUUCAGGAAUCUUCAACUGUCCAGAUGACAAAACGUUCUGCAUCGUUAAACACGUCAGUCUGUGAGAGAAGCGUCUGUUCGUUAGCAUGUCCUGAAGUGUUAGCGUAGCUGACCGACAGCAGCAGGAGUGUGAUUCACCAGCUGUGCUCUCUUAUCGCUGAUCUGAUUGGUUAAAGCCUGUGAUGUACAGGUGGUUCGUCCAAUCACCUGCCAAGUAUUUUUGACAGGGUCUCUCUCUUUUUUCAAACAGUUUGUAGCAGAUGGUUCUGUUCAGCACCUUCAGAACUGCAGGAAGUGUUUUUCUGGACGAGAGACAAACUGGUGUUCAGUCGGACGAUGUGUCGGAGAAACGGUGAAGAAAGAUGAGCGAUAAAGAAAUGUUGGUAAUGUUUGCAAUAAUUUGAUGAUUGGAAGACGGAGGGCUGCCACGUUUAUAUCGUAGUUUUGUUAGGAAUCAUUUAAAGCCGGAGCAGGAGUGUCGUUUUUUUUUUUUUAAAUGUUCCUGAUCGCUCCCGACUUCCUGUUAGUUUGAUAAUGAGCGGCAAGUUCUGUAAAUAAAACCUCAGCCAAAAGAUUUCAGUCACGCUGACGAUGAACUACAGAAAAGCACACGAAUCUGAUCGGAGAAUAUUUUGUUGAUGUUUCUGUCCGUCUGUGAGGGUCGGAGGCCGACUCAGUGAUUUUCCACACAACCUUUCAGACGCUCAACCACUCCUACCUCUGUCUGUCUGAAUGGGAGAGGCCCCUCGUGCUCUGAAUGUAUCCACACACAGGCAGGAUCAGACGGAUUGAACAAGUACAAACUGCUGCUGAAAGAAUUCAGUCCAGAGUCUUAAACGAUUGAACCUCGACGAGACUCCGCUCACAGGAUCUCGUGUUCGUCACAAAGAUUCACCUGUAGGUUAGCGUCAAAAAACAGAAAGUCACCUUCACUUCACGAGAGAGAGAAAGUUGUUAUUGUCGCCGUCAGGGAGUGACGACGCCGAGAUGAAAAACAGGUUUUUCUUCACAGCUUCACACAGACAAUCAACUGUUUCUGAUUUUCUUGUUUCUUUUCACGCCUGCUCACGUUUACUGCAGGUUUGUCUGUUUGUCUCGGGGAGGUUCGGCUUCACUCACAGCUGUUUCCCUUCAUCAAUAACGUUUGAUUAGAUUUUAACACCUGAUGCAGAAAUGAAUCAAAUGAACUGACGUAAAGGAAAAAUCCGUCCUAUAAAACAGCUUUUAAUGAGGCGUGUUUCAUCCCCACGCUUGUUGUCACGUUCUUGUCGGAGUCUUCCACAUUUCUGGUUCUGGUGCGAGUUCAGAAACACCCUGAAUGUGAGACAGAUUGACAUUUUUAGUCUUUCUGAUCUGUUGCAGGUGUUUUUGACUCAUUUUUUCACAGUUUGAGACUCAGUUUGCAGACUUGAAGAUGUUUUGAAUCAUCUGAUCCAUCACAGUGAACAUUAUCAGGAUCAAGUGUUGAAAGUCUCACCUCGGCGCUUCGACCUGCGAUUCUUUUCUUUUCAUUAUGAUCGUCGUGUGGUCUGUAAACGUCGGCUUGUCUUCAGGUUCCAGAAUGAACCUGAACACACUGUUUGGUAUCUUGUAGAAAAAAGUAAAAACUGCAGGAUCUUCACAUUUUUAAGAUGAAACCUUUAAAUGUUUUAAGACUUUUAUACUCUUUUACUCUUCAAAACUGACUUUACAUCGUCUAUUAAUCAGUUAUUAGAAUAUUUGAUAAUAAUGGAUGGAAUGUAUUGUACAUUUACUCGAGUGCUGGAAAUUAAGUGCAAUUUUUUGACACUUGUACUUGAGUAUUUUAGUUUGAUGCUACUUUUUACUUCUACUGCACCACAUUUUACAGGAAAUAUUUUACUUUCCAUUCAGACACUAUGAGCUGCUUUCAAAAUCUGAUCAAUUAUAAUUUAUUUAAAAGUAACAUUUUAAAUAUCAACCCAAUGAGCAGAAUAUCUGUUGGCUUUGUACGUUACGGCAACGGACAGAUACGUAGUGACAACUUUGUGCUAAUCGUCUGGUCUCAACAGUAAAACCACGUGGUUUUUGUCAGGAAAUCUUCAUGUUUUGGGUUUAAAUUCAGGGUUCUGUCUCUGUAAACCCACCUGGAAAAUGUCCUGACAGCAGACGUGUGAUGGAUCGCACUGUUAGCCGUCCGCAAAUUGAUUUUUAUCGCUGGCUGAAGUGAAUGUAGGUCGACAAACACAAAGUACAGAGAAAUUCAAAUCUGGCUGUUUCUGUGUCUUUUUAUAACAACUUUAUCUUUGUUCUGUCGAAGCUCCACGAGCUAAAAACAAACUGGUUUUCCAUUUUUUAAAAUGGAGGCUGAAAUAAAAUGCUGCCAGCACUCGACCAAUCAGAAAUGUUCAGGGCUUCCUGUACUUUGGGAAGUUCAAUCCUCCAAGCAGGGGUUUGUUGAGGAAUAAGAGAGUUAAUUCAGACCCUUGUUCCUGUGGUGGAGGUCCUCCAAAGCUUCCUCGUGCCUGCAGUGGACACGUGACUUCAUCCGUUAUUAUUUCUAAUUAGCAGCAUGGUUCUUUUGAAGCAGACGUUCAGACCUGAGGGCGGAUUUUUCCUUUAAAUCAAAACGCUGCAGCUGUUUGUGGACAAGUUGAGGCACACGUCUGCAAUGUGUUGAACUGCCUGGUUGGUUUGGUGACGGGAUGUGUUGAUGAUGGACGAGCAGCAGCUUUGUGUCGGAGCUUCCUGCAGAGGCAGCUGAUGUGUCCCAGCCGCCCCGACGUCAACAGGCUGAUGUCCUCUCUAAGACACUUUACCUCCCAGUCAACUCUUAUUUUGCCCUCACCAAGUGGACGAUGGUAUUUUUUGUCAGAUAUUCACUCUGUUCUAAUCCAUGGCUCUUUUCUAGAGAUUUCUCUCAAGUACCUUGUGUUCAUUUCCUCUGUUGAAAUUUGUAUUUAUAUGUUUAAUAAAACAAGGUAUGAUCUGCUA